AAACAUUUUCUUGAAUGAUAUAAGCGGAAAUCAUUCAGCUUUUCUGCGAAAAACUACGAACUUGACGUCAUCACACUUCGGUGUUCUCCGGAUUGGCAGAAAGCAACAAGAAAGUGCAAAAUGGCGACCCUGGACGAUAGUCCGUCGCUAUUUAUUGGCAAAUCUUGGUCCGAAUGGGCCGAAAAUGUCCCUUUGUCACCGUUAGAGGAACACGAGACUGUUGAUCCCACAGAAAAGGAUAGCGAUGACACUGAUAGCAUGCGUUUGCCUUCAGAGGAUAUGCACAUGUUUGGCACUUGUCCAUCACAGGAUGAAUUUUACCUUGUCAUGUGUGAACGCUGUCAAAAGGUCAUCAAGCCACAAGCUUUCAAGAAACAUCUCUUUGAGCGACAUGGAAUCACAGAGUCUAGUGCUUCACCCUCAAGAGAGCAGUCCUACCCAACAUCAAAAUUAUCCUCCCCUAACAAAUUAACCUCCCCCACACGAACAAACUUUAGAAUGGGACACUCGGUUCCCACAAAGGCUAGUGUUAAAGAGGUUCCCCCAUUGGUAAGUAGUGCCCAGAAAUUGGGCCUCAGUGCUAAGUUCAAGGGACUAGAGAGGAGUCGAAGAAACCACUCCAUGCCUGUGGUUAAAGUGGAAAGAAUGGAAUUGAAAAGAGUGUCUUCACAACAGUUUGAUUCUGCACCAAAGUCACAGACAUCUCCAUCUGGCUUAGCCAAUGGAAAUUCCAAAGACAGCUCAUUUGAAUUGACUGAUGUAAAACCUGUGAUUUCUGGAGUGGAUAUCACGGCCAUUGAUAAACCACUCAAAUCUCUCUCAACUGGUUCCCUGCCUCAAACUACUGUCUCUCUAAACUGUGCAACUGUUACCAUGGCAACUACCACACUAACCACUGCCUCCACUUCUUGCAUAACCACCACUAAAUCGGUGACAGGUACCACAACGAUGGCGACCACACAGUCUGGCAGCUUGUCCAGUGGUAAAGGACUGGUCGGGAGUAGAGGCAGUCUCAGCAUGCCUAGUCUCUCCAGCUCCCUCACCUCCAAUGGCUCCAAUUCCUUCUCCUCUGUCAAAAAGAAGCCGAUCAAGUUUGAGAAGCCAGAGAAACUUAUUCCUUGCAAAGAUCGUGAGUAUGAUUGUAACAAGCACUGUGGCGUGUUUGUAGAAGACACAGGAAAGUCCUGUACAAGGUCACUAACCUGUAAGACUCAUGCUCUUUCCUUGAGACGGAAAGUACCAGGACGGCGUAAACCUUUUGAUGAUUUACUAAAAGAACACAGAGAAGCCAAAGAGCUCCUGCUGAAACAAAAAGCUGAACAAAAGGCUGCUUUACAAGCAGCUGCUGAAAAGAAGGCUCAACAACUCAAGAGCCCCCCAGUUAUCCCCCCUGGGAGCUCCCAGCUGGCUGCCCAUCUACUCAACCCCACCCCGCUCCAGUCCUAUAAUGAUCAGCACCGAGAGAGGUCCUCCCACCCCCCUCAGCUCUCACCAAAGAAAACUGCCAAACCUCCCCAGAAGCUUAGUUCCUCUCUACAGCAAAGGUCAAGUUUCUCAAGUCUUCACUCCCCUCUGCUGUCCCCCACAAAGGAGGAACCCAUUGGAGGCCCCUCACUGGAUGGCCAUGAGCGUCUGAGUGAUGGGGAAGGGGAAGAGGAGGGAGAGAAAUCCGACAGUUCAUUUAUUCCAUACCAACCCCGACCAGCAGCAAUGUGUACUUUUGGAGGCAGACUCCACACAAUCGGGGGUCGAAGGAGUUAUGUGUUUGGUCGGAAGACUGACAUUCUUAGGGCAGCAUUCCUUAAUGUACUAGAAAAGCAGCUCAAUCCUCCACCUCCCAAGAAGUUGUGUGUAGAAUCUAAUCUUCCAAAAGAGCCCCAGUUAUUAGGAAACUCUAAAGAUCCAUAUGAUUUUACAGCCAUAGAUCCCAGAACACUGCAGAAGCAGGGUCCAGUAUUAAACUCCAGUCAUAAAUCAGGAUCCAAAUCUAAAUCCAAGUCAUCAAAUAUGAACCGCAACAAAUCAAAAGACAGUAUACCAGGGUCUAAAAGUCCCGCCCAGACAAACAGUGCUAUCCCAGCAGCCAGUGCAGGUGUGCCACCGCUGAAGCGGAAACGUAGCGGUGGUGCGCCGACCAAUUCUAGUCCUUCCUCUCUGACGGCUGCUGCGGCCCCCGUUCUCACUACAGUCAGUAUAAAUAACACCUCCUCUGGUCUCACCGCAAUAGCUAUUCCCAGUGUUAAUCUCAGUAAUGCUACUCUAGGCCAUUUCAAUGCAAACCUCUCUGCCGCGGGCGGAAAAAACGCCAAGAACAAUGUGUAUAAGGAUGUGGGGUUUGUGGUGACCAAUUUAGACUCGGCUCUCGUGAAUGGACAGUAUAUGAUUACUAAUGCUCAUCAGUCACAAACUCUGGACGAAAAGUCACUACAGCAAGCUCAUGUGAUAAACAGUAAGAAUAGUCCAAAGAUUCUUAACCUGGAAACCCUACAAGGUUUACAGAAAGGCCCCCACAAUCUCAUUAGUAUGCCGCCAUUAUUACUUGAUGGAUCUACAUGUAUGCAACCUGUCACUGCUGUUUUGACCCCUGUUUCCUUGACAACGACCCUUGGCAAUCAGAUCGUGUCAGUAGGAAGCACUACUUCUCUGGCUCCGUCGAAUCUGAACUCCGCCAACAACAUCAGAGCAGGAGCGACAGGUAGCCCACAGGUGGUCAAUUCUGCUCUCAAUGGGUUGGUACAGUCUUCCUCAGACAAACUUGUUAACAACAGGCACAACUUGCUCCAUCACAAGAAGCCGUUACAUUCUCAGUCUGCGGGGCAUGGAAUGCUGGGUAACACGGUGAUAGCCACCAGUACGGGGCCCCAGGUCAGUCAGAUCUACGCCACGCAUCUCCUCAAACCGGGCAAUCUUCUGAUCGGCAAACCCUCCAGCAAGUUCGCGGUCCCCACGGGGUCGCUGACCCUGAACGUGGCCAGUCUAGGGAUGUCGGGGGUGGGUCAGCAGCCCACGCUGUAUAUAGCCAGUAAUGAGGACGUUUCUCAGCAGCAGGUGGUUAGUUCUCCUAGUCAUAUGACAUAACGAUAAAGUAGUGAGGCAUCCUUAGUGUCCAUACAGUGUCUACAGCUAUUCCACAAACUGCAGCUACCUGUAGCCAGUAGCCAUUGUUCUGCAGCAUAAUCAACAGAUGACUUAGUUUUGAGAUCUAACAGCUCACUUUAUUCUUUGGGGUGGUUCUAUCCUCAAUGUACCUGAUAUUCACACACAUAGAUACUGAUUGGAAUAUGCUUGAAGAACUUUCAUUAUUCUAUCUAUACAUACUGUCAAGUUUGUCAAUGAUGUGUAUCUUCCUAGCUUAAAACAGUCCAUUUUCUGUCAAAUUUGGUUCAGAAUAUUUUUUUUUCAUUUACUUGAAGGUCUGAUUCCUACGGGAUGUUAGUCAACUAUAAGGUAUUUUUUUAACACAGGAAUUCAAAAUUGUAAUAAAAUGCAAUGUAUUUUCUUAGUCUUAGCUUCCAUACUACUUCACUUGGUAAAUUUGAACAAAGGCUUUGAGGAGGGGGGGGGGUGCACAAUUUUUUUGCUUUCUCUGACAAAUAUACUUUGAAAAUAUUUUUAGAUAAAAAAAAAGGCAGCAUAUUCUCAUUUGACCCUUGUUGUUCAAUUGAUGUCUUGAAUUUGACAUAUUAUAAUAAGGUGACUUUUUCUGAAUCUCUGACUAUGCUCUUUUUUAAAAUUUGAAGAGAAUAUGCAAUGCUUGUCAGAUAGGUCAAAGACUAUUCAGCAGAUCUGUAAAAUUUGUUUCCGUUUGAAAAUGAGAGCUGUUUUUUUUUCCUUUUCUGUACACAGUAUUGUGUGGUCGUUAUGCUGCAUGUAGAUUUUGAUUGCAACCAAACGGCUUUGGCUCAGGUUAUUUAAACUCCAAGCACACAAAAUGCUCCAUUGUGUUAACUUGUUAUUACGCAUACUAUCAAUAUGUGCUAUAAAUUGAACAACGCCUGAAAUGCAAUGUAACAAAUUAACCUCAAUAUUACUCUGUAUUUAUAUGAGCUUUGAAGUUCUUGGUACACAAAUGAUUUUGAUAGUAUUUGAAUAUGCUUUUUGAAUAAUUAAAUUAUUGAAAUUUAACAUUAAUGUUCAUCAUGUUCAUGUAUUUGAUUAUUUUUACCAUUUUCACAUAGGUUUGAUUUUUUGAUUUCCAUUUCAUUGCAGCAAUAUCAUAUAAACCAAGACCUUAUGUUAUUUUUGAAAUGUGUGAAAGAUCUGUGAAUUAGGAUGCCUUAACAUCAAAUUUCCAAAAGAAUUAGACAUACUUUGAAUCAAAACAAUGAGCUCAUUUGAUUACCAAGCAUUUUUUUAUUUGGGGGUUGUAGAACCAUUUUUAAUAUGAAUUUAUUUGCAGUUCAUUACCAAGCAUUUUUCUUUCAUCUUAAGAAUUUUUUUUACUUUUUUGUUUUCAAUUUGGUUGUUAAUAAAACAUGACAUAAAUAUUACAUACAUUAACAAUGAGCCAGCAAUACAAUGUAGUUAUUCCAAGACACAUUUCCCUUAGGUUGAAUGUCUGAUAGCUAUUUUUCAUUUGUGAAAUUAUAGCUACAUGCUGUUUGGAGAUGGGUGGUAUCAUGUUGAAAAAUUAAGGUGAAAUCUGACAGUUCUCUGGGUUUGGGAUGGGGGAAGGCAUUAUGUGUAUCACUGUAAGCUUCAGUAUCUCUAAUUAUACAUGUUUUAACUGACAGUGCUUAACAGAAAUGGUGAUUGAAGGAGAGCAGUUCUACUCAUUUGUACUCCCUCCUGAUUUUGUCUGUGAUAUUUGUGUAUUCCAUCAUGUCCAUGUAGUGUAUAAUAUGGAUAAUUCUGAAAUGUAUGAUGUGUGGUGAUGAGACAAGAGGAUUUCUAUUGUAAAUAUCAAAUUCAUUAUUUAUGGAGCAUGUGCUACUCUUUAUUACAAAAAUUGUUUAUAGUAAUAUAUUGGUUUGUUUUUGCAUAAUGUAAUGCUUUUUUUUUGUUGAGGUAUUCUUAAAGGGGGGAAAUUGUCAGUUUUAACAACGAUAUAAUAUAUUGUGAUACCUGUAACUGGAAUUGAAGAAAAGAAAUUGUUAGUCUCUGAUGUGCCUCCCUAGACAUAUACAUAUACAUUGUAAAAACGGUGAUUGUGCCAAAAAUGAGCAUCUUUGAAGAAUUUUUUUUUAAAUGAAUUUUUUCUAAAUUCAAAAGAAAUUUUUGUAUAUAGCACAUAAAUUGCAAAGAGAACUUUUUUUGGGUAUUUAAGAUUUUAGGUAAUUUUCUAACUUUCAGGGGGUGGGGGGUGCCUAUCAUGUCUGAUUCUUUAUGCAUUGCUACACAGAAUUUAAAAUUUGACAGGGUCUUAAAAUGUUUCACAUGUAGCAAUACUUUAUGAAAAUCAUGUAGAUCAUUAUUCUCCAAAACAAUCAUUUUUUUUUAUUCAUAAUUUAAAUGUCCUCUUUCAUUAGAAACUCUGUGGUUGAUUUUCCUGUUUUUUUUU